AUGAGUUUUGCUUUCAUAUUGUUGGAUCCUUGCGCGAUUUGUGGCCGGAAAAUUGGUAAAGGAGCUUCACCGCAUAGCCCGUGCACGCAAAAGAGAAAAGAAUUGGCUCAGAAUACUGCAGACUUGAAAAGAAUUGUUAACAAAGUUAAGAGAGGAAAAGGAAAAAAGUCAGAGCUUGCUUACUAUGAUGAACUAAAGGAUGCAAGUGCAGAUUUGAAAGAAACUGUAAGUGGAAUUCCGAGAGCUGUCAUAGUAGAUGAGUAUGGCUCCGAUGAUGAUAAUGAGCUUGACAAAUUGAUGGAGGAAGCAGAAAAAUAUCUUGAGAUGAUGAACCAAUUAAGAGAAAAAAUGAGAAAUAAAUAAUAAUAUUGGAUUUGUGAUCUUAACACUUAUGUGUAAUUUUUAUCUUAAUUUUAUUAGUUUAUUUAAUAAGAUG